AUGAAGGCUUUAGUUGCAACUGUAAUCAGUCUUGCACUUACGACUGUGGUAAUCGGCAAUGCCUAUUACCAAAAGAAACAAUUUUAUCCAUCAAUAGUGUACCUUACAAAUUCAAAUCCUAGCAUGGCUGUAAUGUAUUUACAAGCUUUUAUCCUUGUACUUCUUAUUGGAAAAUUGUUGCGAAAAAUAUUUUUUGGACAGCUACGACCCGCGGAAUUUGAGCAUUUGAUAGAAAGGUCUUGGUAUGCAAUAACUGAAACUUGUCUGGCUUUUACUGUCUUCAGAGAUGAUUUUAAUCCAAAAUUUAUUGCUUUGUUCACUCUCUUGCUAUUUUUGAAAGCAUUUCAUUGGCUUGCUGAGGAUAGAGUUGACUAUAUGGAGCGGAGCCCUGUAAUUGGUUGGUUAUUCCAUGUGAGAAUACUUUCUUUGCUGAUGCUUUUAUCACAUGCUGAUUUUUACUUUAUCCAUCAUGCAUAUCAAUUUACUAUUUCAAAAGGACCUUCAGUGCAAUUAGUGUUUGGAUUUGAGUAUAGUAUAUUGAUAAUUAUGAUUGUCAACAUAUUGAUAAAGUAUGUCUUGCAUGCGAUUGAUUCGCGGUGGGAAGCCCCAUGGGAGAGUAAGACAGCAGUACUCUUGUACACUGAAUUGGCAAUCAAUUUCCUGAAAGUACUUCUCUAUAUUGGAUUCGUUGCUGUUAUGGUCAGGAUAUAUACCUUACCUCUCUUUGCUUUCCGGCCAAUGUAUGAAACAAUGAGGAGUUUUAAGAAAGCCUACAAUGAUGUGGUACUUUCACGGCGCGCGAUACGCAACAUGAACACUUUAUAUCCCGACGCGACGCCGGCCGAACUAGCUGCCGCUGACAAUGAGUGCAUAAUUUGUCGAGAGGAGAUGCAUAGUGGCGCGAAGAAGCUGCCUUGCAACCACAUAUUCCACGCUGCGUGCCUAAGACUGUGGUUCCAGCGUCAGCAGACUUGUCCCACGUGCAGGCUUAACGUGCUACGAGCGCCGGCACCGGAACAACCGCACGCGCCCCCUAAUGUACCCCAUGGCAAUGCACCGCCCGGCAAUGUACCCCACGGCAAUGCACCACCCGGAAAUGUACCGCCCGGCAAUGUUCCACAUGGCAAUGCGCCCGUGCCGCCGCCAGCAGCCAACAUCGUGCCACCGCCCUUCCCUAACAUGCCGCCUCCACCGAUGAUGGCAUGGGGUAUGCCACCGCCGCCACCACGGCCUGCUUCCCUCGCCAAUUUGUCCACCGCAGAGCUGCAGCGUAUGGAGGGCCACGAACGCAGGAAUAUUGAAGCGCGUUUGCAGUUGCUUCGGGAAAUUCAAGCGAUGUUGGAUGCGUCAGUGCUUCUGAUGCAGCAAUACUCAACGGUGGUGGCUAACCUGCCGCAGAACAGCGCCAAUGUUGCCACGCAGACUGAAAUAUUCCGAACCGAGCCUUCGCCAGAACCGUCGCCAGUAAAAGUGAAAACAGAGCCAGACGUUGUUCCAACCACAUCCAAUUACAAGCAGCCUGCAGCCACUCCAUCAACCAGCACCGCUACAGUCACAGAGGACUUUGAAGAUGUGUCUUCAUCUGAGACAACUAAUUUAAAUGUGAAAAGAGAGAAGACUGAUGCUGAUGCGGAAGAACUAAGAAGACGUCGAUUGCAAAAAUUCACAAUGGAGAAAUAA